GUUAUCACUCUAACUGCGCUUAAGAGAUUGAAUGCAUGAAAUAUAGCGAAACAUUUGCUGAAAGAGCGAAAGAUCAUCCGCGAUGAGGCUCACUGCGGUCCUUUAUGGCAGUAUUUUAACUUUGAUGCUGCUUGCUGAAGGUGUUUUGAGCAGUGCCGAAUGCUCGUGUGGCAGGAAUCACUUCACGUGUGCUGUCAGCGCGUUUGGAGAGUGCACAUGUAUCCCGGCGCAGUGGCAGUGUGAUGGAGACAAUGACUGCGGAGAUCACAGUGAUGAAGACGGAUGCAUAUUGCCCACCUGCUCACCGCUCGACUUUCACUGUGAUAACGGGAAAUGCAUCCGCCGCUCGUGGUUAUGCGAUGGGGACAACGACUGUGAAGAUGACUCGGAUGAACAGGACUGUCCUCCACGCGAGUGUGAUGAAGAUGAGUUUCACUGUCAGAACGGGUACUGUAUCCGCAGUCUGUGGCACUGUGAUGGAGACAAUGACUGUGGAGACAACAGUGAUGAACAGUGUGAUAAGAGGAAGUGCUCUGAUAAAGAGUUCCGCUGUUCUGAUGGCAGCUGUAUAGCAGAACACUGGUACUGUGAUGGAGACACCGACUGUAAAGACGGAACCGAUGAGGAGAACUGCCCGUCUGAUGUGAUGACUGCCACGUGCAGUGUUGAGGAGUUUCAGUGUGCGUACGGUCGCUGUAUUCUGGACAUCUAUCACUGUGAUGGAGAUGAUGACUGUGGAGACUGGUCUGAUGAAUCUGACUGUUCCUCCCAUCAGCCGUGUCGCUCAGCAGAGUUCAUGUGCAGCAGUGGUAUGUGUAUAAACGCAGGCUGGCGAUGUGACGGAGAAUUUGAUUGUGAUGACCAAUCAGACGAAAGGAACUGCAGUACAUCGAUGUGUAUGGCCGAUCAGUUUCGCUGUAUGUCCGGUCGGUGUGUGCGGUUGUCAUGGCGAUGUGAUGGUGAAGACGACUGCUCUGAUAGCAGCGAUGAAGAAGGAUGUGAAAAGACCGAAACUCCUCCGUGUGCCGUAGAUCAGUUCUUGUGUGGAAACGGACGCUGUAUCGGCCAGCGUAAAGUUUGUAAUGACAUCAAGGACUGUGAAGAUGGAACUGAUGAACAUCCACAUCAGGACUGUCGCUCCAAGUCUAGUGAAGACAACUGUAACAUUAACAACGGCGGCUGCUUGCAGAAAUGUCAGAUGUCGCGUGGUUUGGUGCAGUGCACGUGUCACACCGGCUACACAUUGACACAGGAUGGAAAGACAUGCAAAGAUGUGGAUGAGUGUGCAGAUGAAGGUUAUUGUAGUCAAGGCUGCACCAAUAUUGAAGGAGGUUUCCAGUGCUGGUGUGUCCAGGGUUAUGAACUACGACCUGACAAACGCAGCUGCAAGGCUUUGGGUCCAGAACCGGUCCUGUUGUUUGCGAAUCGUAUUGAUAUCCGUCAGGUUCUGCCGCACCGCUCUGAAUACACGCUGUUACUGAAUAAUCUGGAGAAUGCCAUCGCACUGGACUUCCAUCACAGCAGAGAGAUGGUGUUCUGGUCUGAUGUCACUCUGGAUCGCAUCAUGCGAGCCAGUCUCAAUGGCAGCAAUGUGGAGGAGGUGGUGUCCACAGGACUGGAGAGUCCAGGUGGUCUGGCAAUAGACUGGAUUCAUGAUAAACUGUACUGGACUGAUUCAGGGACGUCUCGUAUUGAACUGUCCAAUCUGGACGGCACACACCGUAAAGUGCUUUUAUGGCAGAGAAUGGAGAAACCGCGAGCCAUUGCUCUACACCCCAUUGAAGGGAAGAUUUACUGGACUGACUGGGGCAACAUGCCACGCAUUGAAUAUGCUAACAUGGACGGCUCUAAUCGUAAAAUCAUUGCGGAUACACACCUGUUUUGGCCCAAUGGACUCACCAUAGACUACGCCAGUCACCGGAUGUACUGGGUGGACGCCAAACACCACGUCAUCGAACGCGCCGACCUGGAUGGCAAAAACAGAAAAGCAGUCAUCAGUCAAGGUCUUCCACAUCCCUUCGCCAUCACAGUGUUUGAAGACAGUCUCUAUUGGACAGACUGGCACACCAAGAGUAUCAACAGUGCAAACAAGUUCACUGGCAAGAACCAGGAAGUAAUCCGAAAUAAACUGCAUUUCCCCAUGGACAUCCAUACACUACAUCCACAGAGGCAGCCGGCAGGUGGGAGAAAUCGCUGUGGUAACAAUAAUGGGGGCUGCAGUCAUCUGUGUCUCCCCAGCAAUAAGACAUAUACCUGCACAUGUCCUACAGGCUUCAAGAUGGUGGACCACUAUAACUGUGCCCCGAGUCUUGACAAGUUCCUGCUUUUUGCCCGAAGGACGGACAUCCGUCGAAUCAGCUUCGACACCGAGGACCAGUUGGAUGAUGUCAUUCCACUGGCCGAUGUUCGAAACGCAGUGGCCUUGGACUGGGAUUCCAGUGAGCGAUACAUAUACUGGACUGAUGUCACCACCGACUCCAUUAACAGAGCGAAAUGGGAUGGUACCAAACAGGAGGUUGUGGUGGACACCAGUUUGGAAAGUCCUGCAGGCCUCGCUAUUGAUUGGCUCACACACAAACUCUACUGGACUGAUGCAGGCACGGAUCGAAUUGAAGUUUCAAACACUGAUGGAAGCAUGCGCACGGUUCUCAUCUGGGAGAAUCUCGACCGUCCCCGAGACAUUGUUGUUGAUCCGAUCGGAGGAUACAUGUACUGGACAGAUUGGGGUGCAAAUCCAAAGAUUGAGCGAGCUGGAAUGGAUGCAUCCAACCGUACGGUUAUCAUCUCGACUAACUUGACCUGGCCCAAUGGAUUAGCAAUCGACUACCAGACCGAGAGACUGUACUGGGCUGAUGCCAGCGUCAAGACCAUUGAGUAUGGCAACUUUGAUGGAUCUGGCAGACAGGUAUUGAUUGGCAGUCAGUUGCCUCAUCCGUUUGGUUUGACGCUUCAUGAAGACAGAAUAUACUGGACAGACUGGCAGUCCAAGAGCAUUCAGAAUGCAGACAAACUCACUGGUCUAGACCGGAGAACACUGGCUGAGAACCUGGAGAACCUCAUGGAUAUUCACAUGUUCCACCAUCACAGAACUACAGUCCAGACGCCGUGUUCGGUGAAUAAUGGGGGUUGUAGUCAUCUCUGCCUGCUGGCCCCUGCUCCGAAAGCCUCGAGCUGUGCGUGUCCAACCGGCAUCAACCUGCGGGCGGACGGCAAGACUUGCACUCACGGAAUGAACAGCUUCCUCAUCUUUGCACGGCGGACGGACAUCCGAAUGAUUUCUCUGGAUAUCCCGUACUUCGCUGAUGUGGUACUGGCAGUCAGUGUUUCGAUGAAGAACACCAUCGCCAUCGGAGUGGAUGCCACAGAAGGUAAAGUGUACUGGUCAGACAGCACAUUAAAGAAGAUCAGCAGAGCCAAUGUCAACGGUACUGGACAUGAGGACAUCAUCUCAACUGGUUUGAUGACCACCGACGGUCUGGCGGUGGAUUCGGUGGGCAGAAAGAUCUACUGGACGGACACGGGAACAAACCGCAUCGAAGUGGCCAAUCUCAACGGCUCCAUGAGGAAAGUUCUGGUGUGGCAGAAUCUGGACAGCCCUCGUGCCAUCGCCCUGUACCAUGAGAUGGGGUACAUGUACUGGACAGACUGGGGUGAGCAUGCCAAACUUGAACGCUCUGGAAUGGACGGUUCAGAUCGCGUUGUGUUGAUAAGUAAUAAUCUCGGCUGGCCAAACGGACUGGCCAUAGACAAGGCUGGAUCGCAGCUGCUGUGGGCCGACGCACAUACUGAGCGGAUAGAGGCGUCUGAUCUGAAUGGUUCAAACCGGAGGACGCUGGUUUCUCCUGUACAGCAUCCGUAUGGGCUGACAUUACUGGGACCGCACAUGUACUGGACGGACUGGCAGAGUCGCAGUAUUCACAGAGCUGAUAAAGCCACCGGAGCAAACACGGUCACGAUCCACUCAAACCUGCCCGGCCUCAUGGACAUCCAGGCUGUGGACCGCGCAAGACCCGUGGGUUUUAAUAAAUGUGGUCGGAGGAAUGGUGGCUGCACUCACCUAUGUCUGCCGCGUCAUAACGGGACAUCCUGUGCGUGUCCGACAGGCAUCCUGCUGAAGGGUGACGAAAGAUCAUGCGACAAUCUGCCUGAAACAUACCUGCUGUUUUCAAACCGCGUCAGUGUGCGGAGAAUCUCUCUGGACACACUGGAUCAUACAGACGUACAUGUGCCCGUACCAGAGUUACAUAACGUCAUUUCACUGGACUAUGACAGCGUGGAGGGGAAACUUUACUACACUGAUGUGUCACUCGAUGUUAUCAGACGGGUAAAUUUAGAUGGCAGCAAUAUGGAGACCGUGAUCGGUCAGGGUUUGAAGACCACUGAUGGUCUUGCGGUGGACUGGGUGGCACGAAACAUGUACUGGACCGACACUGGCCGAAACACCAUUGAAGUGGCACACUUAGACGGUACGUCUCGGAAAGUUCUGGUGAACAACAGUCUGGAUGAACCAAGAGCCAUCGCUGUGUUCCCUAGCAAGGGAUUCUUGUUCUGGACAGAUUGGGGUCAUAUUGCAAAGAUCGAGCGAGCACAUCUGGACGGAUCCGACAGGAAAGUUCUCAUUAACACAGAUCUGGGCUGGCCCAAUGGUUUGACGCUGGACUAUGACACCCGCAGGAUCUAUUGGGUUGAUGCUCAUCUGGACCGUAUAGAAAGCUCUGACUUGAACGGCAAACUGCGUCAAAUUCUCGUGAGCCCCGUGUCACACCCGUUCGCCGUCACUCAGCAAGACCGCUGGGUCUACUGGACGGACUGGCAGACUAAGUCUAUUCAGCGCAUAGAUAAGCACACAGGUCGUAGUAAAGAAACGGUGCUUGCUAAUGUAGAAGGACUCAUGGACAUCAUAGUUGUCUCACCACAAAAACAGAUGGGUACGAAUCAUUGUGGAGUGAAUAAUGGCGGCUGCACGCACCUGUGUCUCGCCAAGAGUAACAGUUUCGUGUGCGCGUGUCCAGAUGAACCUGACGGACGACCCUGCUCUACAAUUUCUGGUUAUGUUCCCACGGCACCUAAGAAGGGCAACACUGGCACUCAGUCCCCUGAAAACCUUCCCAAAUCCCAGACAGAAAAACCUCAGCCAGGCUCAACAGUGGUCAAUUGUACAGAUACAGGUCUGAAUCUAGAGGACUGCUUUCAGAACAGCGUGGUGUCUGCACCUCGUGACGAGGGCCUUCAUAUCAGUUACGUGAUUGGCGGAGCUCUGACAAUCCUGGCGAUCCUGAUACUCAUCGUUGCAUUCAUUAUUUACAGACACAAGAAAUUCAAAUUUGCGGAUCCAGGAGUGAGUAACCUGACGUACAGCAACCCCUCAUACAGAACGUCAACACAAGAGGUGAAAAUAGAGACUGCACAGAAACCCGCAAUAAACAACCAUCUGCGAUAUAAAAAAGAGGUGCAGAGUGAUGUGGAUGGAGGCUACACUAAAGAGAAGAUUCACAUCGUGGAGGGAGUCAGUCUGCUCUCUGGAGAUGACCUUUAUUGGGAAGACCUGAGACAGCUGAAGGUGUGUCGAGGGGCGGGGCUUCACACUUGCAUGCGUACGGACACCGUUUCUCUUCAGGCAAGCUCCGCCUCUUUGAACGACGGGGAGAUGGAGCAGCUGCUACAAGGUGACCAAUCAGAGUGCUCGAGUCUCAAUACCUCCCACGCCGUAACGCCUCAACGCCAUAGUGGACAUCCCGAUACCGGCUGGGUCCCGAACCGUAAAGCCUCAACUGAGAGUGAAGUGUAAACAUGCAUUUAAAAACUAAAACUUUGUUGGAUGCUUCAAGUUAAAAAAUAUGUCCUCAGAAAGGCUGGGUACAAAUGCAUGCCAUAUGUACAGUUCCAAUCACGUAUGUUGUUCUUAAGUUCAACGUAAAUAUCCGGACUUACUUGAAAAGUUUCAAUGUCAGAAAUGGUACAGCGCCGUCUCUCAAUGUUUCUGACCCUUGUACGCUCCUCUACUUUUGGACUACGGCCCACCUCCUUUGGCUCAUUGAAUUAUGGACAAGUUCAACGAGAAGUCGACAUGCUGGAAUCAAAAAACAGACACUGAGAGAUUUUUGUAACGAGAAACUUUGUGGCGUAAAACGGUUUUAUUUUAAAUGCAAGCUUAUUACAAUAUUAUCGCUUCAUGGACGAUUUAAUUAAUGCUCUUGGAGGUGUCAGCAUCCAGCCCUCAACUUGUCAUUAUGAAAUGUAUUUAUGAACUUUUUGUACAUUUACAUUGGGUUUUUAAUGUUUUAUUAGUUGUUGUUUUUUUUUUUUUUUAAGUAGUUUUGAAAGUGUUAGGAUUGUUUAAGGACACCAUUCACAAGACUUUGUAACGUGCCAAAGGACACAAUUUACACACGCCUGAAGAAUCUGUAUUUUCACUGACUGUUUCGAUUAAAUCAUGGUCCGCUUUUAUAGAGAGUACAGUCAUUUUGCUAAGAAAGAUGAAGCCAGUGUUUGCAUUUGCAUCUUUGUUUUUGGUUUUAAUAUUUAGUACAUGCUUUUGGCAUUUCUCUUUUGAUGUUCAGAGAUGAUUCAACAAAGAAAACAACCAUCCAACCAGAAUCUCUAUAGCACCUUGCACUUACAGUAGUGCUGCUGUCUGUGAAAUCAUACAUCUAUGCUAAUUUUGGAGGCAAAUACCACUGACCAGGUGAAACUUCUCAUGAAACCUGUCAAGAACGUGUCCUUUUUGGGUCAUAUUUCACCUCAAAAUCAAAAAAGAAAUAAGACAUUUUAUUUUGCUUAAAGAUAGUGUAGCCUCUUUUAGGACCGUUAAGAUGUUUUGCAUUGUGACUUUAUUUUAAUGACAUUUAGGCACAGCCCCAUUCUCAUUUCCAUAAAAUUAUAAAAUAUAUAACUUUAUGAAAUCUAAAAUAUAUAUACUAAAAAUUAUCAAAUAUAUACACCGAUCAGCCACAACAUUAAAACCACCUGCCUAAUAUUGUGUAGGUCCCCCUCGUGCCGCCAAAACAGCACCAACCCGCAUCUCAGAAUAGCAUUCAGAGAUUAUAUUCUUCUCACCACAAUUGUACAGAGUGGUUAUCUGAGUUACAGUAGACUUUGUCAGUUCAAACCAGUCUGGCCAUUCUCUGUUGACCUCUCUCAUCAACAAGGCGUUUCCGUCCACAGAACUGCCACUCACUGGAUGCUUUUUUGUUUUUGGCACCAUUCAGAGUAAAUUCUAGAGACUGUUGUGUGUGAAAAUCCCAGGAGAUCAGCAGUUACAGAAAUACUCAAACCAGCCCGUCUGGCACCAACAAUCAUGCCACGGUCCAAAUCACUGAGAUCACAUUUUUUCCCCAUUCUGAUGGUUGAUGUGAACAUUAACUGCAGCUCCUGACCUGUAUAUGCAUGAUUUUAUGCACUGCACUGCUGCCAUACGAUUGGCUGAUUAGAUAAUCGCAUGGAUGAUUGUUGGAGAUGUGGGUUGUCGCUGUUUUGAGGGCAUGAGGGGGACCUACACAAUAUUAGGCAGGUGGUUUUAAUGUUGUGGCUGA